AUGUUCAAAAAGCUUGAAAUAAAUAUUCCAUUUUCUGAGGCGCUAGAACAAAUGCCAAUAUAUGCCAAGUUCAUGAAAGACAACAUCUCCAAAAAGCACCCCAUUGAUAUAGACCUGCUCAUCCUGACUGAAACAUGUAGUGCCAUUCUUCAAGGUAUGAAAAUCCCAGUGAAAAAGAAAGAUAUGGGAUCAGUUACUAUUCCUUGCAUUAUUGGUGAUAGAAAAUUCAAGAAGGCUUUGAUUGACUUGGGAGCAAGUGUGAGUUUGAUGCCACUAUCCAUCUAUAAGAAAUUAGGCCUUGGUACUAUUCAAGAUACUCAGAUGACGCUUCAGUUUGUCGAUCGCUCUGUUAGGCGACCGUAUGGAAUAGUGGAAGACGUUCUGGUCCAAAAUGCCCCCGAGGAAGAUUUUGACAAGAAAGCAACAACUAGCUGA